GGUGUCUUUAGCCCAGUGGAGCGUGCAGACCGAGAGAUCACUGAUAUCACCCAAGACAUUGCUAGCUGAAGAGUGAGCUCGAUCUCUCACACGAUGUCAUUCAGAAACCGAGAAAGUGUCAUUCGGUCAAGAUUUAUGAAGAACACAUGAUACCUCUUUCCAUCUCGUUCAAGGUUGGAGGCAAGUCUUGCGAGCAAAUAUAGCGUUGAUGAGAAGCAAUUGUUUCAUCCCUGAUACCGCAGGAAAAACAGCAGAUUGAUUUGAUUGUAACAUGAGUUGGAUGUAAUAUGCCUUGUGGAGAUUAAAAGAGAUAGCGUUCUCCAGCCCAUCACCCAUUAUUUUAAUGACUGCAGGGUUUUUCUCGACCAUGAAAGCUCGUGAGAGUUACAGAGAGGAUAGAAUACCUGCUCUUUGGCUGUGAAACCUAUGAAGAAAACUAGAAAUCUAUUUAAUACGCUUCCUAUUGAAUUCAAUUGUAUUACAGUGAAUAGUGUAAGAGGUUCAAGUGAACAUACAAGUAAGGCUUGUAUGAUCAAUCGUAGUAGACAAGCCCAAAUUCCUAUCUCUCAAUCGAUUUAUUAUUAUAAGCUGAUGCUUUCUCCUACAUGUACAUGUAAGUCUACUCUAGAACAUAUUACCCUAUUGUGCAAUAUCUUAUGGAAUCUAAACUGGGUACCAAUUCUUGUCCAUAGAUGCUACUAGGAUGUGUUUGAAUUGAUUUAUUAGCAUUUGAAAGUAAAGGUCAGCUAUUUUAACAGAUAAAUCUGUCUACCUCUGUACCUGACAUUCAAAAGAGUAGCCACUACUUUCACAUGUUUGUCCCUAUUUGUAGCUACACUAUCCAGUGAUAAAUGUCCACGUAUAACUAUAAAUCAGUGAAAUUUUUGUUUUUUUUAUUUCUUUGAGUUUAAACUGAUUUUAGUCGUAAACUUUUGUAAAAGGACAAUCACUACCCCAAAAAGAAGCUGAUGGAAAAAAGACAUUGAUGUCACUUUUUAAUACCUCAUCCAAAUAAAGUGGACAUAGUAUGUUAGUAUUAUUUAUAAUAUUAAGAUUAUAUUAAGAUUUGGUUGAUUUUAGCUAUACUGUAAAAGGGUAUUGAAUAGAAAAGGUGACGAAAGACAUUGAUACUGUAUUGAAUACCACAUCCAAACAAAGUGGCCAGAGUUCCAAAACUAUUUUAUACUAUAGUGUAGAGAAGGAAGGAAGGAAGUUAGUGAAUAUUGUCCUUUGAACCUUUUCCUCUGUUGAUAUUUCAGUCUAAGGUACAUUUCUCUCUGCUCCGUCAUUGUCAGGUUGUGACAUCAUAACCUCACGAUUGAUUGCUUUAACACCAGACCUCUGCCAUUUGAAAUGUCUGAUAAAACCAUCCUAGUGUAGAGCAAUGUGUGAUGAAUGAUCUUGUCGCACUACCACUAAUUUCAGAGGAAAUUCUGAGGAAUAAAAGUCUGUUUGCCUCUUUUGUAAAGGUUGUGUUUAUCUGAUUAUAACCUAUAAGAAAAAAAAGUAUUUUUAUAAUAACAAGGAAUAGUUACACAGUUUAUGAAUUAUAGUAGGUAUAAUCAAGAUAUGCCAAACCUUAAUGCAUACUUCUUCAAGGAAUAUAAAAUGGCAGUUUGUGCUUUGUACAAGGAUGGAAUUGAAAGGCAUGGGUUUUAAUGUAAUUGAUAUCAGUUAUUUCUUACUCAUCUUAAGAGUCUACCUUGCCUCCAGGGAGCUUAGUGUAACCCAAUAUUAAGAAGUGAGAAGAUAAGUGAUGAUGGAUUCCAGGGUAGUUUCGUGCACCGCCAUCAUUCCUUUCCAGCUGUGUAUACCUUAGGCACUGUACGCUAUCUGUCGCGGAGGAAUAAUUGAAGGAUUAGGGUGCCCUCGUUGUUAGGGUUAGGUGUAGAGUGAUGUGUAAACAAACUGGAGUUCAUAUUCAAAACUUUGGAGGCCCUUGAAGAUAGAUCGAUGUAAGAACUUGCCAGUAUUGCCUUUUUUUCUUGAGAAGAGAAGUGCCAAUAUACCGUAUACAUGUAGAAGAAGCAGAAUAUCAAUUGUAAUUUUAUUAUAUGUUGAGCUUCCCAUUUUGAUUUUCUAUUUUAAUUGCAACAAUUAUGAGAUGAAACAAUAUAAUUUUUUAAUUGUCAUUUAUAAUACCCUGUCUUAAAGAAAUUAGUUGACUCAAUUUUGACUGUAGAAAUGAAAAUAUUUGAAAGUAUUGAUAAAUUAUUCAUGAAUUUGAAUCAAAUUUUAAAACUGGUUGUAUAGUUGAAUAAAGGGUGAAGGAGAAUGGCUUUCAGUGACUCCCAACCAUUUUGGGAUCCAAGUCGGACAAUGGAAUACCAGAGCAAGAGGGACUUUUCACCACCUAAGUCUCCAACAAGGAGUUUAUCAUUUUCCAAGUGGCUGCAACGAAGUGGCCAGCUGACACGACUGAUCGUUUUAUUGUUGGUGAUCUUGAUUUUGCUCCCUCUGUUGACCCAUUAUUACCUGAGCAAUACAGAUCUAGAUUCACUAGAUCAAAGGAGUUUUAGUAUUUCACUAGAUGAAAUGAUUGCACUGAAGCCUAGUGAGUUUAAAUCACAUUUGGUGGAGCUCUAUCGCAUUAAAAAUUCUGUUCAAACGGAGUUGCGGCAAUUGGAGGAGAAGAGAAAAUUUUUACAAGCUCAGGUCACACGUUUGUCACUGCAGUUAGAGCAAGCACAGUCCGAGGUCCGUAGUGCUAUUGCAGAAAGAGAUCGCAUCAAGGAUCAGAUCCAACAGACCAUCAGAGAUCAGAGUGAGAUUGUAGAAAGAAGUCUUCGGCACAUCUCUGCUCCUUAUCAAAUUCUUCCUAAUUUAGAAGACAGUGGAGAUAUCGAGCCACCAAGUUUGCCAGCAAGAUGUUCACAGCAUACAUGCUUUGAUUACUCACGAUGUUCGCUCACAUCACGAUUUCCAGUAUUUGUGUAUAAUUCUAAUGAUUUAUGGCGAGGUGGUAGUAAGUUAGACUCAACUAUAAAGCUUACUGUCACAAAUGCAUUUGGACGGAGUUCUUAUCUAACACGUGAUGCCAACUUAGCCUGUGUUUAUGUGGUGCUAGUAGGAGAGUUGGAAGAUCAGGGUAACCUACCAAGUAGUCGUGAGCUUGAAGUUAGACUACACAAACUACCAUACUGGAGGAGUGAUGGCAGGAACCAUCUCCUCCUGCACAUUGUAAGAAGUCUUUCCACUCGAAACAUUCUGCAGAAUGUCAAUACAGGACGUGCCAUCGUUGUUCAGACACCCUUCGCGGAUUCCCAAUUUCGUUCAGGGUUCGACAUCGUCGCGCCAAUGCUCCUUGGGCUUAGCUCAGAAACAGACUGGAAGGAGGUUCCUCUGCAGUUCCCCGCCAGAAGGAAAUAUCUUAUUACAUAUCAGGGAUCAAAACCAACUCAGACUAUGGUGCAAACAGAAUAUGUAGACAAUGCUCCUCUGAGUAGGAGGCUUAAAGAUGUAGAUAGGACUAAAUCUGUAGAGGACCUUAUGAUUCUAGAAAUGGAGAAACUGAAUUCUCUAUCUGAUGAUAAUGUCCAUCUUGAUUUUACUUGUAAAUCCUUUAAAUCGUUUGAUGGCAUUGAUGCCUCAGACUGGAAGCUAUGCAGUACAAAGACAGAGAGAUCACAUCUCUUAAAGCAAUCAACUUUUGUAUUAAUAUUAAGUCCAGGAGACCAUAUAGUAUCUUCCACUUCUUUCUACACCCGCUUUUUUGAAGCCCUUCAAACUGGUGCAAUACCUGUAAUUGUAGGAGAACACAUGCAGUUACCUUUUAGUGAAUUUAUUGCUUGGAAUGAAGCUUCUAUAGUUCUUCCCCGCUCCAGAAUAACAGAACUCUACUUCUAUCUAAAGACCAUCCAGGACAAUGAUAUUCUCAAGCUCCGCAGACAAGGAUGGUUCCUUUGGACAACUUAUUUAUCAAAUACAGAUGCCGUCAUCAACGGCAUCAUUGCCACUCUAAGAACUAGAAUAGGAAUCCCAGCCAAUGUAGUGCCACAAGAGAAAGCCCUUGAUCUCUUCACUGAGGACUUCCCUCAGAAGACGCAGCAAGCUGAGCAGAUGUACCCAGAGUCUGAUGAUGUCUUCCCAGCCCCUGAGCUUCCUUUCCCCUCCCCAAAGUUCCUCAGGAAUUACACGUCUAUUGCAAUGGAUUCCCAUUUUACAUGGAACAACCCACCAGGUGCUCAGUUCAUGUUCCCGUACACCCCAUUCGACCCUGUCGUUCCGUCGGAUGCCAAGUUCUUGGGCUCAACCCUUGGAUUUCGUCCAAUAGGAGGUGGUGCAGGAGGCUCAGGCAAGGAAUUCCAGGAGUCUCUAGGAGGCAAUGUACCCAGGGAGCAGUUCACGAUAGUCAUGCUAACUUAUGAGAGAGAGGCAGUCCUAAUGAAUUCUCUGAUUCGACUCAUGGGAUUACCUUUCUUGAAUAAGGUAAUUGUUGUCUGGAACUCCCCUGAGAUGCCAGCUGCUGAUCUAGUAUGGCCUGAGAUUCAUGUUCCCAUAAAGGUGGUGAGGACGACAGUGAAUAGCCUCAAUAACCGCUUUCUGCCUUAUGAUGAGAUCGAGACUGAAGCCAUCUUGUCCCUGGAUGAUGAUGCUCAUCUGAGACAUGACGAGAUUCUCUUUGGUUUCAGAGUGUGGCGAGAGUCUCGUGACCGGGUAGUAGGUUUCCCAGGUCGCUAUCAUGCUUGGGAUCUCAACUAUAAGAAUGGAUUCCUCUACAGUGCCAACUAUUCCUGUGAACUCUCCAUGGUUUUGACAGGUGCUGCCUUCUUCCAUAAAUAUUACACCUAUUUAUACUCCUACAUGAUGCCCCAGCCCAUCCGAGACAAGGUAGAUGAAUACAUGAACUGUGAGGACAUCGCAAUGAACUUCCUCGUCUCACAUGUGACUCGCAAACCACCUGUCAAGGUGACAUCACGUUGGACAUUCCGGUGUGCAGGAUGCCCUGAAGCACUGUCUAUGGAUGACUCUCACUUCCAGGAGAGGCACAAGUGCAUUCAAUUCUUCACCAAGGUGUAUGGUUAUACACCGCUCCUCUUCACACAGUACAGGGUGGACUCGGUGUUAUUCAAGACCCGUAUUCCUCAUGACAAGCAAAAGUGUUUUAAAUUCAUCUAAUAGCGGUCGGUUUUUAAUGGGAACAGCAGCUACGCACCACUUCUAGAUAUACAAUGUGUCACAGGAAAAGGAAUUAAUUUUCAGAUAGAAUCUUAACUAUUUUCAUCAAUUUUCUUGGCUAUUUUCAAUCUUUUUUUUAAUUAUUUUCUUUCAUGACAGUAUCAAUGAGUUACAUGUAGGUUAGAAAUAUAAUUCUUUGUCUUUUCCAGCUCUAUUAUUAUUUUGUAUAAAUUUAGGUAAAAUAUUUUGUUUGGAGUUAAGAAAUCCACUUUACUUCACACAUGAACUUCAGCUGAUAGUUACAACUCAGAUUUUUUUUUUUGGCAACUCACAUUGUUGUAUUAUAAAUUAAAAGGUUAUCAUAAGUCAUGUUUCUUUUUAAAUAAAUGGUUGUAAGAGAGAGAUUUGGGGUGAAUAUACUGCAGUCAGAGUUAGACUUUAGAUUGAAAAUUCUAUGCAUGGACUUUAUUUGCUGAGCCUCGUCACACAAAAGCCCAAAUUCACAAAGGUGGUUUUUCAAACCAUUUAACCCAUGGUUUAUGUAGAUUUCCUGUAUAAAUUACACUUAUUUACUGCAUAUAUGUAAAAAUGUCCAAUGCUGAUGCGCACUUUUGUCACAGUACGCCAAAUUGAUGCCUGUUGCCGUGGUUAUCCACUUUAUUUUAUUCAUGAGUCCACUGUUUUAAAUUAAUGAGUUCACUCUUCAAACAGUGAACUCAUGAAUGAAGUAGCAUGGAUAACCAUGGUAACAGGCACUGCGCACUGUGACAAAAGCAUGCAUCAGCAUUUGACAUUUUUUAAUACACGUGGUAAAUAAGCGUAAUUUAUACAGGAAAUCUGCAUAAACGAUGGGUUCAACCGAUGGUUUUAAAAACCACCUUUGUGAAUUUGGGCCAAAGAGUUUUAAUCAAACAUAUCUCAAAACACAAUUAAGUGCAAGUUGAUUUUCAACCGAUCAGAAAUGAGUAUAAUUUGAAUAAACUUUCAAGUUGCAUUUAAAAGCAAUUUAAUCUGAGACAGGUCUUCAGUCUUGCUUUGGUUUUAAUAGAAGAAAUAAUGUGGGACAAUCAAUAAAUUUAAAAUUCAAUCUAUCCUUUAAUUCGAAUGGGUCUGUGUAAAAAAAUGUGAGAGAUUAGAAUAAUAUCAAAGGGUUUUAUUAAGACAAAUUCUAAUGUAUUAUAGUAUCAAUUGUAAAAAUAAUGUUUCUCUUCACUCUUUGUGAAGUCACUAAAAUUACCUUGUGAAGCACCCUUCAGAAUUGAUUAUGUAAUAUGAUAUAUCUUUAUAAUAAUCGUAUUUGUAUUUUUAAUAUUAAGGUUUAUAAUCAGUACUAAUAGCAUUCAAAUUGCCGGUUGUAAAGGUUUUCAUAUGUGAUGUUCAUCAUAUGCAUGUAGGUGAUGGUAUUUUUAUUUUUCUUCAUUAUUUGGGAAUCGUUCUGGACAUAACAUUUUUUCUUGGUACAUGAAGUCAUGGGAUUCAAUUUCCUCUCAAUCAUGUUCUUGUGAGUGUCCAGACAGGUACAUGUAUACAUAAAUGGACUGGUUAGUAUUAAACUAGAUGUAAUUCCAAUCUAAUUUUUAUGGUAUUUACCGACUGUUCUAGGCCCCCCCCCAAAAAAAAAAGAGGAAAAUUUCUCAUACAAAUACACAUAUUUGUAGUGAAAACAAGCAACCUGUUUUCAUAAUAAUUACUUUGGGGGUUCAAUAGACUAUCGAUACUAAUUUUUCCCUAUUUAUUGUAACAGUUAAGCUUGUGAUUAAAACACCCUGUCUGGAGGAAAUUGAUGUUGAUUUCAUUUGUAUUUAAAACCCUUCUCUGACUCACUGGGGCAAUUUCAUUGAUUUGAAAUGCAAAACACCCUUUCACGUAGAUAUUGUUCGCUACCAUAAUUAAAUGCUGUUUUGUGACAUGUGAAAUAAGUAAAAUCUUCAUCCCGUCACAUUAUUUCAAAAUUUGCAUGUACUUGUAUUUAUCUAUGGGGGCAUUGCAAUAAACUUUUAAUUGAAUGCAAGUCAAUCUUAUUUCAGGUCCCAAAGUCAGUCAUAUGAUUUGCAAUUGAUCAUUGUUGGUCUGGUUCUCAUGACAGAAAGUAUGAAUUUGAUUGCCCUUGUUCAAAAUCGAUCUAUUAUUUGUAAAGUCGCAGUUUGUAAUAUUUUCAACCAAUUACAUAAAAUUUUACUUCCACACCUCCUAAAUGUUGUAUGGUUUUGAUGAUGACAAUGAUUGCAUAAUCAAACAUAACUUCUUUUCAGUGGUUUGUGAAAAAAAAAGUAAAUAAUGAUUUAAUGUGAUUUGGUCUCUGUCACAAAAUAGAAAUUAGUAUACACAGUCAGUAUCUACAAUUGAUUAUUACAUUGUGUACAUGGCUUGCAAUUGAUUUGGAGUUAUUUUUGAUUCUCCAAUUAAUUGUAUUUUUCAUAUCACAGGGCUCGGGUAGUGCCUCGUUUCUUUGUUCAUUCUGCAAAUGGACAUACACCCCAAAAUCUGUUUGUGUAUUUUAAUCAAUGAUCAUAAUGUAAUAUUAUUUAUUACAUGCAGUUUGUUUUUAUUAUUAUUUUUCUGUGAUAAAUCAUACUUCAGCAUUCGGCUAUUAAGAUUAUCAAAUCAACAAUUUUACAGAUUCUUGAACGAUAUUUGUAAUUAUGUUAUUGUAAGUAUCUUUAGUUUAGCUUUUAAAAAAGUUGAUAAGGGGAAUGCAUUGCCGUUGAGAUUUCUGUAUAACUGUUAUCAUGCAGUAGUCACAAUUUGAAAAUGCAUGAAUACAAGUAAAUUCUGCAAUUGUUCUGGUUUUUGAAGAUUUGUAGGCUGAAAUAUAUAUGAUUCUUUUCUUUUCUCAUUUUUUCCAAUCAAGUCAUUGCAAAAGUUAUUACACAAAAAAGUAUUAUUGAUUGGUACUUCAAAAGUACAGUGAAAUUUAAAAUAGAAUCAUUUUGAGAUGUUGAUUAAGAAAUGCAAAUGUAUUUAUUUCUGCUAAAGCAUUGUAUUGGCUGAAAUUGAAGAAGAAAAAAAAACAGUCAAGAAAUAAGUAGCAGUACAGAUGUAUGUUGAAUCAUGUUUAUUUUAUUUUCUUUUUGCUCAUAGCUAACUGUUAUACCAAAGCAUUUGUUGUUUUAUAUGAAUAUAUUUUGUUUUGAGAAGUUGUAUUAAAUCUUGAAAUGUUUAAAACCA